AUGUCGCAUCUCGCCAGCUACAUCAACAAGAAGGUGUGCGUCAUGACGCUGGACUCGCGCAUCCUCGUCGGCAAGCUCGAGAGUUUCGACCAAUUGACAAACCUGGUCCUGUCGAGCGCCAUUGAACGCGUGAUCCAGACCCCAGAGAGCGACGAGCCAUCGCAAGAAGUCCCCCUUGGUCUCUACAUCGUGCGAGGCGACAAUGUCAGUGUUGUAGGGCUGGUGGACGAGGAGCUGGACGACAAGAUCAGGUGGUCGGACGUCAAGGGCGCGGCGAUCGGAACCACGAAACACAUUUAG